ACCACCUUCAGCUUCAGCUUCUCCAUUUCUCUGCACAGAGACACUCACAAACCAUUAGAACUCUAAUCAUACUCCAAACCCCACAAACUCUCUCUUUUUCCCUUCCAUAUUUCCCACACUUUCAAGCCAUCAUUUCUCAUUCUCAAGCUCUCAACUACUAAAAAACCAUGCUACCCUUCCUCCUCCUUCUUCUUCUUCCUCCUCUUUUAACCAGAGCCGCCAUCGACACGGUGGCCACCGGCCUUGCGGCUAAUUACCCGGCCACCCAACUCCUACAUGUCAAAGAUACAAUCAAAGAAACAGAAAUCAAGCCAUCUAGAUUACCACAGGACCUUGAACUCUAUGAAAACUACCCUCCAAUUGACAACAGCACUCAGAAUCAAUGGAAGCUUGAGCUCUUCCAUAGAGAUAAGCUGCCCCUCAACUUCGACCCUGACCAUUGUCGCCGUUUCAAGGAGCGUAUCGGAAGAGACGUCGAAAGAGUCUCUUCUCUGCUCCGCCGGCUUUCCAAUGGCAGUGACGAGCAGGUGACGGAAUUCGGCUCCGAUGUGAUCUCCGGCACGGAACAGGGAAGCGGAGAGUACUUUGUGAGGAUCGGCGUCGGCAGCCCGCCGAGGAGCCAAUACGUGGUGAUUGAUUCCGGCAGCGACAUUGUUUGGGUGCAAUGCCAGCCCUGCAGCGAAUGCUACCAACAAUCUGACCCGGUGUUCGACCCGGCUAGUUCCGCCUCCUACGCUGGGAUCUCCUGCGAUUCGUCGGUAUGCGGCCGUCUCGACAACGCCGGCUGCAACGACGGCCGGUGCCGGUACGAGGUGUCGUAUGGUGACGGCUCCUACACCCGCGGCAAUCUCGCUCUAGAAACCCUAACUUUCGGCCGAGUUUUGAUCCGAAACAUCGCGAUUGGAUGCGGUCAUAUGAACCGUGGAAUGUUCGUAGGAGCCGCCGGGUUGCUUGGCCUCGGUGGCGGAGCCAUGUCGUUCGUUGGCCAACUCGGCGGCCAGACCGGCGGCGCGUUCAGCUACUGCUUGGUGAGUCGAGGAACCGAGUCCACUGGAACGCUGGAGUUCGGCCGCAGUGCUAUGCCGGUAGGCGGCGCGUGGGUUCCCUUAAUCAGAAAUCCACGCGCUCCAAGUUUCUACUACGUAGGCCUUUCAGGUCUCGGAGUCGGAGGGAUCCGAGUUCCAAUACCAGAACAGAUCUUCGAACUCACCGAUCUAGGGUACGGCGGCGUGGUGAUGGACACCGGCACCGCCGUGACGAGACUGCCAGUGCCGGCAUACGAAGCAUUUCGAGACACUUUCAUAGGGCAAACGGCGAACCUACCACGAUCGCGCGAGGUAUCGAUCUUCGACACGUGCUACGAUCUUAACGGGUUCGUAUCAGUUAGGGUACCGACGGUAUCAUUCUACUUCUCCGGCGGGCCGAUACUGACGCUUCCGGCGAGAAACUUUCUGAUUCCGGUGGACGGAGAAGGGACAUUUUGCUUCGCAUUUGCAGCAUCGCCGUCGGGAUUGUCGAUAAUCGGGAACAUCCAACAAGAAGGGAUUCAAAUCUCCGUUGAUGGAGCUAAUGGGUUUGUGGGAUUUGGGCCAAGUAUUUGUUAAUUAAUCAAAAUUCAAAGGGCAAAUCUGUCAUUUUGAAUAGUUUCUCUUUUUUUUUAAUUUAAUUUAAUUUUUUUUAGUUCAA